AUGUCAGCUACUGGUUUGGAAGAACAUUCAUGUGUUACACCUAAUUGUGGUGGAAAAGCAAAACUUCGCUGUCCAAAUUGUGUCAAAUUAGGUAUUCUUGAAGGCUCGUAUUUCUGUUCGCAAGAUUGCUUUAAAAGCCAUUGGCCAGAACAUAAAAAAUUACAUGGACAAGCUAAAAGCUCAACAUCAACGAAUGAAUCAGCAGAAAAUUAUAAUCCAUGGCCAGGUUUUCAUUUUACUGGAAAAUUAAGACCCUAUCCUAUCACCGCUCGUCGAACGGUUCCACCGAAUAUUCGUCGACCUGAUUACGCAGAUGAUCCAAGAGGUAGAUCAAAAUCGGAAGAAGGAGAAAAAUCAUCUAGCAGUACAAUUGUGGUAUUAACUGACGAAGAACAGGAUAUAUUACGUGACACUUGCAAGAUUGGUCGUAUUGUUUUAGAUGAAGCUGCUCGAUCACUUCGAGUUGGUAUGACAACCGAUGAAAUUGAUCGUAUUGUUCAUGAAUGUUGUAUUGACAAUGAAUGCUAUCCAUCUCCGCUUAAUUAUUAUGAAUUUCCUAAAUCAUGUUGCACGAGUGUUAAUGAAAUUAUUUGUCAUGGAAUACCUGAUUUACGUCCAUUACAUGAUGGUGAUAUUCUUAAUAUUGAUAUUAGUGUUUAUAAAAAUGGUUUUCAUAGUGAUCUUAAUGAAACAUUUCUUAUUGGUAAUGUCGAUCAAAAAUCACGCGAUCUCGUUCGUACAGCAUACGAAUGUUUAGAAAAAGCUAUGGAAAUGGUCCGUCCAGGUACAAAAUAUCGUGAUGUUGGAACUGUAAUUCAAAAACAUGCUACAGCAAAUAAUUGUUCAGUUGUACGUUCUUAUUGUGGACAUGGCAUUCAUAAACUUUUUCAUUGUGCUCCAAAUAUUCCACAUUAUGCCAAAAAUAAAGCUAUUGGUAUUAUGAAAGCAGGUCAUUCAUUUUCUAUCGAACCUAUGAUAAAUGCUGGAUCAUGGCGAGAUAUUCUUUGGAAUGAUAAUUGGACGUCAGCAACUGAAGAUGGACAACGUUCAGCUCAAUUUGAACAUACAUUUCUUGUAACUGAUACGGGUUAUGAAAUUUUAACAGCCCGUUCAUCUGGUCAACCAUGGUUUUUAGAUGGAAAUAAUAUUAGUUAA